UUUUAGAGAACAUCCAGAGUUGGUUAGCUGCUUAGAGUCGACUACGGAAAUCACACCUUUUUUUAAAAAAAACUACUUUUUGUUACUUGUGUCUUCAUAUUUGCAUUCUGACGGCCUCCCCCGCAGGAUCCAACCACAUAUAGCAUGGCUACCUCACCAAUCGCCCAGUUCCCCGGAUUCAGUGGUACCCUUCUCGAUUCCGACCAAUUGCGCGCCCACCCAUGUCUUAAGUCCCUUCAAAUCAUGGUCAAUGAUGCUUUUCGCGAAGGUAAUCAUGACCGUUUCCCCACCUUGGACGCAGUAUCUGCAACUCUGGGUACACACGGCCGGUGCAUCGUCAUAUUUCGAGAUACCGACGUCGACAAGAUCAAUCCCGUAGCGACAGCCAUGAUCAAGUAUUACAACCCGGCUGUGGGGGUAGAUCCAAUUGGGGUAAUACACGCCAAUGGAAGAAUCGAGUCAGAACAUGGAUAUGACUCAGAGCCUGCUGACCUUCUAUCUAUUACUCAGUGGGAACCGGCCGCAGUGGCCAUUCUACAGGGUGAUCCGUCAUUGAGAAAGCUCGGUUUGGCAGUAUAUUGCGUCGAUCAGUUGGAAAUAGAUCUCAUGAAGCGCCUGGAAGAAGCCCGCAAGAACCAGUCCGCAGUGUCGGGGGCACAGAGUAGAAGUCAUACCUCGGCAUCUUCCGCCAAAGUCCAGAAGUUAACGCUCUGGAUCAGAGCAAAGCAACAUCUGGCGCCAUAUUGGGAGAGGCGGGGCUAUAAACUUGUUCAUACCAAAAUGUAUCCAAAGGGCAUCUGGGGUUCGCAGGCUGAACUGAAGAUUGUUACACUGAAGAGAGAUAUGCUUAGCAGUAUUGAAUAG